AUGUCGAUUCCGAUUCCAACACCAACACCUGCAGCUUCUGAAGCUUGGAUUAAAGCCCAAGCAGCAUUAGAGAAGGUUCAAAGUGGAAUGCCGAAGAAAUCAAAUGGAAUGAAUGGUAACAACAAUACAGGUCAGAAUUCUUGGAUGAACAACUCUUUUCCGUACCCAAGUGGCAAUCCGGUCAUAGCCGCUUACGGUCAAUUCGCCGGUGGGUGGCAUCCAUCCACAUGGAACACCCAAUACGCAUCGCCACCACCUCCCCCACCCCAAGCAGCUGCUGCUGCUCAAGCUGUUUAUAAUCAAACUUCCUAUAAUUAUCAACAAGCGUCACAACAACAUCAGACAUGGAAUAACGGGUAUGGAAAGGGUCGUGGAGGAGCUAAUAACUGGAACCAACAGCAGAAGCAACCAUUCCAGCCCUUUGCCUUGAACAGAAAAAAUAAUUCGUCGGCGAUUCCGCAUAUUAGUAACACGUUCGUACCACAGGGCGGCGGCGGAGCAGGCCUGCAGCCGUUGAUGGGAGGAGCUGGAAAAGGGAGAGGAGCUCCAAUGCAACAGGCAGCAGGACCGAAGCAAACACCACCAGCUGCCCAACGGUACAUGGAACGUGCGUUCGAAGCAGCAAACACUGAACAGGACCGUAAAAAGACUGAAGAGUAUCUUCAAAAAAGAAUGUAUCCUCUGUUGAACGCCGGUAACGCUCAUAUGAUCAACUGGGACGCCGAGCCGUUGCCGCACGAGAAAAAUUUUGAGCUGCCCACUGCGUGGACGCCGGCUAAUAAGUUGCCUCAUCAGGCAAACGGAUUUAAUAGAAAGAAGUCGCCACAGAGAAGGCGUAGUGAUGAAAUGUCUAACGGAUCUAGUGGUGGAGGACAAACGAAAAGGGCUCGUCGUGAUAGUGAUGGGGCGUCGUCUGAUUCUGACCAUAACGAUCCACUUGAGAAAAUGCACUUUUCCACUUCUUCUAAUCAGGUUUCUAAAAUAGGCGGGCUAAAAUUGGGUGAAAAACUUGGGCACGGAAACGAAAAUUGUGUUGAUUCUACUAGUAUUUUCAAUACUAGAAGUGAGAAGACGGGGAUUAUAAACUUGAAUUAUGUUCAGAAAAAGAGCAAGGCUCAGAUCAAGGCUGAGAAGAAAGCCGCUAAGAAAGCAGGUAAAGCGCAACAACAGAAGCAGAAGCAAACGCCGCAAAAGUGGAAAGUCGAUGAUACAGAAGCCAAGAGAGUAAGUUCUAACAUUAACAGAGCUCGUCGUUUUGCUGAAUCCCUAUCCAACGCAGCGAAACCAUCAGUCAGCGCACAACCGUAUUAUUUCAGAAGAGGACAAGUUGUUAAAGGAACAUGUCAGAAUAUCGAGAAAUCAUUCUUCAGACUGACAGCUGCUCCAAAUCCCUCCGAAGUUCGUCCACUCAACAUCCUACACCUUUCUCUCGAAAACGUCCGUAAUAAGUAUCGCGCGAACGCGGAAUACUCGUACCUGACCAGUCAACUGAGAUCGAUUCGUCAAGAUUUGACUGUUCAGCGUAUUCGUAACGAGUUCACAGUUGAGGUGUAUGAGAUCAAUGCGCGUAUAUCACUGGAAAACGCGGACCGAGAAGAGUUCAAUAAGUGCCAGUCACAGUUGAAACUUCUCUACGCUGACAUUGAGAACUGCAAGAAUCACGCCGAGUUCGUCGCCUACCGACUUUUGUACUAUGUCGCCAUGGACAAUCAGAUUGAUAUCAACUCACUUCUUCGUGAGCUGACUCCAGAGUUACAAGAAGACGCGUGUGUUGAGUUCGCUCUGAGUGUACGGAAGGCAGUGACGAUGAACAAUUAUAUUAAGUUUUUCAGAUUAUUCAAGAAUGCCCCAAGAAUGUGUCCCUUCAUAAUGGAUUUGUUUGUUGACAGAGAGAGAAAAAAGGCCAUCAAUGUAAUCGUUAAAUCUUUCAAACCUACAAUCACUUAUAAGCAAAUCGCUGAGUUCCUUAGCAUGAAAGAAGAACGCCUAGUUGAUUGGCUCAUUGAGGAACUAAAAUGGACUGACGUUGAAGUCGGCGGAACGUUCGACCCUAAAACAUCGCGAAACUUGUAA